GAGAACUGCAAGGAGCUGGGAUCGCUGGGAUGUACUGGGAGGAACUGGGAUCAGAGAGAGGCACUGGGGGUGCCCCCGGAGCCAUGAGGACCCUCGUGCUGCUGUGGGUGGCCCUGGCCGGAGCGGGGGCCCAGCUGCCAUGUCCUGAGGGGGGGCCAUGCCCCGUCACCCCGGCCCUGCCUGCCCGCAGCGCAGUGGGAUGCCAGGAUGGCUCAUCCUGCCCUGCCAGCACCAGCUGCUCCCUGCCCGAGAGUGUCCCCUGUGCAGGGGGCCAGCGCUGCUGUCCCCGAGGGUCCCGCUGCGGCGCUGACGGGGAGUCCUGCAUCCCAGACCCAGCCCCCCGUGCUGUGCCCUGUCCCGACGGAACGUCCGAGUGUCCCGAUGACGCCACGUGCUGUGUGACGGCCAGCGGCGCCUGGGGGUGCUGCCCUAUGCCCCAGGCCUCGUGCUGUGCCGACAAGGUGCACUGCUGUCCCCACGCCACCACCUGUGACCUGGCCCGCGGGCGCUGCCUGUCCCCCGGCGGUGACAGGGACGUCCCCCUGAGCACGGCCUUCCCCGCCUGGAAGCGCCAGCCCCCCGCCCCAGUGGAGCUGCGCCAGGUGCUGUGUCCCGGGGGCCGCUCGGCGUGUCCCGACGGAGCGACCUGCUGCCAGCUGUCCCCAUCCGAGUAUGGCUGCUGUCCCCUGCAGAAUGCCGUGUGCUGCAGUGACAGGCAGCACUGCUGUCCCCAGGGCACCACCUGUGACCUGGCCCGCUCCACCUGCACCUCCUUGGGGGGCUCCACGCCCCUGGCAGCGCUGCCCUCAGCUGGUGAGGUCAAGUGUGACGAGGAGACGAGCUGCCCCGACGGGAACACGUGCUGCAGGCUCAGCUCGGGGGCCUGGGGGUGCUGCCCCCUCGAGCAGGCGCUGCCCCGGGGGGCACAGGUGACAUCAGGGAACGUCAAGUGUGACGAGGAGACGAGCUGCCCCGACGGGAGCACGUGCUGCCGGCUCAGCCUGGGCACCUGGGGCUGCUGCCCCCUCGAGCAGGCCGUCUGCUGCCCCGACCACGUGCACUGCUGCCCCCAGGGCUACACCUGCGACCCCGAGGGGGGCAGCUGCCUGCAGGGGGGGGGCACCCGCCUGCCCUGGCUGAGGAAGACCCCGGCGCUGCCCCGGGGGGCACAGGUGACAUCAGGGAACGUCAAGUGUGACGAGGAGACGAGCUGCCCCGACGGGAGCACGUGCUGCCAGCUCAGCCUGGGCACCUGGGGCUGCUGCCCCCUCGAGCAGGCCGUCUGCUGUGGGGACCACAAGCACUGCUGCCCCCGGGGCUACACCUGCAACGUGGCCACCGAGAGCUGCGAGAAGCUGCUGGCGCCCACCCCGCUGCUUCCAGCACCUGCAGACCCCCGUGGGGCACCCUCCCCCCUGCGCUGGGCACCCCCCGUGCCCCCCGCCCCGCUGCGAGCCACCAGCACCCACCCAGGUGCCCCCGUGCCCUGCGGUGCCGCCAGCUCCUGCCGCGGCGGGCAGCGGUGCUGCCGGGCCCGGGGGGGCUCCUGGGGGUGCUGCCCCUUCGCCCAGGGCUCCUGCUGCUCCGACGGCCGCCACUGCUGCCCCGCGGGGUCCCGCUGCACGGGGGGGGGCUGGGGGUGCAGCCCCCAGCGCUGGGACCUGCCCUCCCCCCCUGCCAGGGAGCUGCUCUGAUGGACCCCCCCACCCCGAGUGCCUCCACCCCAAUAAACGGUUUCUAGGAGGAACCCCA